AGAAGAAUUUUGCCCAAGCCUACAAGGAACAGCAAGAGGGUGAACAACGUACAUGAGGCUAUUUUGGAGGAUUUGUGCUUUCCUGCUGAGAUUGUUGGCAAACGUGUACGAGUCAAGUUGGAUGGUUCCAAGGUUAUCAAUAUUCAUUUGGAUAAAAGCCAGCAAAACAAUGUUGAGCACAAGUUGGAGACAUUCACAUCUGUUUACAAGAAGUUGACUGGCAAAGAUGUGACUUUUGAGUUCCCUGAAUUUGUAUUGUAG